CCCCCUCACACUCCACCCGUCCCCCGCCGCCUGUGACGCAACCCCCAUCAACGCCCAAAUCCUCUGAAAAUCAUGCGGCGGAAGCCGCGCUCCACUGGCCUUCUCUUCUCCGUCGCCGUCUUUCUUCUCUUUGCCUUUCAAUUCUCCCGUAAGGCCUUCUUCAACGGCGCCGAUCUCCCUUUUCCUUCUUCAUAUAAUCUUCUCCCUUCUCGCUCUGCUAAUUCCGAAGCUCAUUACGCUCUCCAUGAAACUAACAUCGACUUCCCUCACCAACUCACUCACCGGACUCGCCACGUGUCUUCGAUUCUCGAUCCUGUUCCGACGGUUUCGCUUCUUCUCCCCGAUUGGGAGGUUCUUCUGAUUUCUUCAAUCGACACGCCGCUUGCUUCUCCGGAUUCUCUCCGGGACUUUCUCUGUUUGUUUCAGAACAAUGCUACUUCAUCGGCUAAUUUCUCCGGGGUUUUGGAUUUUACUGGUCGGCUUACGUUUAGGUGCUUUAUGCCAGAGUCCGUCCGUCGUCUCCGGCCGUUUUUUCAACCGUUGCUUAUUAAGUCGCCGGACAAGGAGUUUUCGUCUUAUUCGUCUUCUUCUCUGGCGCCGGAAUUGAUGAGGUGGACUUUUUUCGCUUAUGAAGCUUUCGAAACAGAGGACGACGUCGUUCUGUUCGUCAAAGGCGUGAACCAUCGUCAAGGGAAUAACCGGCCGCCGACCGAUUUGAACUGCGUGUUUGGCGAUGGCGAUAACGCCGUUAGAACUGCCGUCACCAGUUCUGUUCAGGAGGUUUUCCGAUGUCGUCAUCCGAAUCUAACGACCAGAGAAGAUCACGACAAGUUCAAAAUCACUCUCGAAAUUCUCGAUAAAGGGAAAAGCGUCAUCGUACCGUCCGUUGCUUAUUACUCGCCGCGCCGCAGCGACGGCGGCGGCGGUUCAUUGGCGGCUCAAUCGAUGAUUUGUGCUUGUACGAUGGUGUAUAACGUCGGAAAGUUCUUGAAGGAGUGGGUGAUGUACUACUCGAGAAUCGGCGUCGAUAAGUUCAUUCUGUACGACAACGGCAGUGACGAUGAAAUUUCCGCCGUCGUGAAGGAAUUAAAACAAGAAGGAUACAAUAUCGAGAUCGUAUUCUGGAUUUGGCCUAAAACGCAGGAAGCUGGAUUUUCUCAUAGCGUUGAGUAUUCGAAGAAAUCCUGCAAAUGGAUGAUGUUCGUCGACAUCGACGAAUUCGUCUUCUCUCCAUCGUGGCUAAAUUCAUUGAAACCAUCGAAGAACAUGGUAAAAUCUCUACUUCCGGCGGAGAAUAACGGAAUCGGAAUGAUCACAGUCAUGUGCAACGACUACGGGCCGUCGGAUCGUAUCUCGCAUCCGACGGAGGGAGUAACUCAGGGCUAUAAUUGCCGGAGAAAAUUAGAGGAGAGGCAUAAAUCGAUUGUGCUAUUGGAGGCUGUGGAUCGGUCGCUGUUGAAUGUGAUUCACCAUUUUAAAUUGAAGACGGAAUUUCGGUCGAGACAGAUGAGGCCGGAAGAGGCGGUGGUAAAUCACUACAAAUACCAGGCGUGGCCGGAGUUUCGGAUGAAGUUCCGGCGGCGCGUAUCGGCUUACGUGGUGGAUUGGAAGGAUUCAGCCAAUCCGACGUCGAAGGACAGGGCGCCGGGGCUGGGAAACACGGCCGUGGAGCCGCCGGAUUGGCCGAGGAAGUUCUGUGAGGUUAGAGAUGAUCGGUUGAGAUUGCUGACGCAGAGAUGGUUCGGGUCUCAGACGGCGGACGGGUAUAGAAUGGCUUGGCAGUGAUUAUGAUUGAUUGUUUCGUUGUAGAUUUUUUACCUUAUUGUUUUUUUGUGUAUAUAUAUAUAUGUAUUAAUUUUGUAGGUUCAUCAAAUACUGAAAAUACAGAGGAAAAUUCAUUAUUUUUUUAAAUAAUCAAUUUUAUUUACAAUUUU